UAUCUCACUCCGACCGCAGGCAGAUUGUGUCCUAAAUAUAAAUUCAAAUGCACAGUAGAAUUCUUCGAGUGUUUGUAAACAAUCUUCUAGAGUUCGAGCGGAAAGUUUUGUGUUUUCCUGGAGUUGAAAUGAAAAACUAUUUUUUAAUUUUAUCUGUUCUGAUUUCUUGGUUCACAUUAAUCAAUGGAGAUGACAUCAGUGUUCCAGAGAUUGUACCAACGUACAGUAUCGGCAGGAUAUACCUAGACGACGCAAGCCCACUCCAGUCGGGUCCCAUCGCUCAGUCCGAGUUCCGACUCCCGAGCAGCAGCCACGGCCUUCUAAACGCCUUACUUCGAGAAACCACCCUCGAGCAGCUCUAUCGACGACCUGUCUUCGUGGUCACCAAGUCGUCGAGCAAUCCUAAUCACCUCGAUGUUGCCUUCGCGUCAUCAGGCAUCCAAACCGUUCUCACCGACCCCAGCUUCGGCUACAUCCGUUCUUUCCUACAGUCACGUGACCCCAAGUCAGCUGUCAUCUUCGAUUUCAGCAGUUUUUUCAACGCCAGAUUACUGAACCACGAAGUUGAGCGGUUCGUUUUUCCCAGCGAUUUCCAUUUCGCCGACUUCACUAAGCUGGUUACGGCUUCUAGACUGAUUCCUGUGGUGGCUGUUUUCAGAAGGCCGGACUUUGAGGAGCUGAGGUUUGAUCAUAUUUAUCAGCUCGGUAACCUUGCCGUUCAUCAGGAGUUCAUUGAACCUGUGGUGACCACAGAAGCGUCUUUUAUUAAUCCAUUGUCUGUGGGUCCGUCAUCUGUGAAUCCGGCACUUUCUAAUCCGUCACCUGUUAAUCCGGCACCUACGAAUAAUUUACCUAUGAAUCCAUCAAAUGUUAAUCCGACACCUAUGAAUAAUUUACCUAUGGAUCCAUCAAAUGUUGAUACAGCACCUAUGAAUCCAUCAAAUUUUAAUCUGCCACCUACGGAGGCUAUGGAUCCAUCACAUGUUAAUGGAUCACCUAUGGAUCAAUCAAUUUUGAAUCCGUCAAAUGUGAAUUCGUCACCUAUGGACCCAUCACUUGUGAACCCACCUCACUGAACUCGAUAGAGAAAUUAUAGUGAAUUCCAUGACCUCUGGAGAGCUUGUACAUCAGUAAUUGUUAUUGUACCUUCUGGGACACUUGUGAUUACCAUUAUUAGUUAUUGUGAUGAAUUAUCAGCUGACCACAGGUCUCCAGACAGCAUGAAGUACACUAUGGCCUUUGUUAAUCAUGUUUGAAUGAGUCAACCAGGGUGUAUAGAAUGUAAUGUUACAUUCUAUGCUCUCUGGAAUAUACUGGUAGUUGAAGCCAUCUUUAUUAUCACAUUAUUCUAGUAGAAAUAGAAGUGUAUGAUACAAAAUAUCAUCUUUUCAACAAAAUAUACAUCCGAGAUACUUGACAGUGGUUUGUGAUUGCUGAAGGAAAAAAUUGGGUUGUUUUCAGUUUAACCUUGUACUUGCUCAAAUAUUUUUUGUAUUUUUAUCAGUGUUAUGUUGAAAUAAAUUUAUUGAUCCAAAA